AUGCGCUGUGUCCCUCGGACACAGCGGAUCACGGAAAGAGCCGAAGAUGGGACAUGUACACUGAUCAUCAGGGCACUGAUGAUCAGUGUGCCCUGAUGAUCAGUGUGGCCCCAGAAGUGCCACCUGUCAGUGCUCAUCAGUGCCACGUGCCAGUGCCCAUCAGUGCCACAUGAAUGCCACAUAUCAGUGCAUACCAGUGCACAUCAAUGCCACAUAUCAGUGCCCAUCUGAGCUGCCUUUCAAUGUCACCCAUCAGUGCCAGUCAGUGCCACCUAGUCAGUGCCACCUAUCAAUGACAAUCAGUGCCACCUAUCAGUGCCAGUCAGUGUCGCCUAUCAGUGCCAGUCAG